UUAAUUACUCCAAAAUACACAUUCAGUUACAAUACUGUGGCGAUUCAUCAAGCAUUAACCGGAGCGCUGAACACAAAGCGAACAAACUUCGAACCAACACUCAAGCAACGCUAGGUACUUACAUAUACGCUCCACAACAGAAAAUGAGACCACCGGUAAAGAGAAUUUACACGCAACGUGAUUUCAAAACGAUUUGCACUAACAACGCGUGACCGAAAUGUAAAAACUAACAAACAGGAAAAUAUAACAUAUAGUAGUGGGUAAAAGAAACAGCAUGUUUACCUCCGGUUCGUGAUUCUCAACACCUCUCACAACACUGGUCGCCAUAUUACCGUUCCGGUCUAAAGUUGCAAGACAAGUUAACAGACAGUCUGGGUAGCUAGGCUCGCGGAGCUUGUAGAUGGCUGCGAAGGAGAUUUGGCUGUGUUGUUUAUAUGGUUGUCAGUCGAUGUUUUUUCAAAUAUAAAGAAUUGAUAUUUAAAGAAAAUUCUUUUAGGGACGAGGAAAUGCGGGGUCAACACCUGCCUGAUGUAACUACUUAAUGAAACAGUGGGCCAGAAGGCAGGAAAGAAUGGGUGACGAUCCUCCAUUCCUUACUGUUGGCACAGAAGUCAGUGCAAAGUAUAAGGGGGCAUUUUGUGAAGCAAAAGUGCGGAAAGUUGUCAGAAGUGUAAAAUGCAAGGUGACCUUCAAGCUCGGCCUUGGAACCAUCAGCAUAACGGACGACCAGAUCCGGGGUGGCACGUUGCGGGUGGGUUCUGUGUGUGAAGUAAAGCAUCCUGAAAAAAAAGAAUUUGUUGAAGCAAUCAUCAAUAAGAUCCAAGAUUGCAGUCAGUAUACUGUAGUGUUUGAUGAUGGCGACAUUACCACACUACGGCGUACUGCAUUGUGUCUCAAAAGUGGUAGACAUUUUGCUGAAAGUGAGACACUGGAUCAAUUGCCACUCACCCAUCCAGAACACUUCAGUAAUCCAGUGAUCGGUGGCAGGAAGGGUCGUCGAAGCAGACAGGCACAGAAGAAAGGAGGGAAGAAAGAAAGGAAGGAAGGAAGAAAGGAAGGAAAAAGGAAGGAAGAAAGGAGGGAAGGAAGGAAGGAAGAAGAAAGGAAGGAAGGAGGAAGAAGGAAGGAAGAAGAAAGGAAGAAGACAGGAAGAAGACAGGAAGAAGACAGGAAGGAAGGAAGAAGAAAGAGGAAGGAAGAGAGUAGUGAUGAAGAAGACCCGCCUAAAAAAGGAAAGAAAAAGGAAGAGAAGGAGGCAGAUAUCGGGAAGGUAGUAUGUGUGGAGUUGGGUGAUAAGAAGAAACAGAAAGAUAAUUGGUUUCCUGGUCUGGUGGUUGCACCCACAGCUCAAGAUGCAGUGCGUAUUAGAGUUAAAGAUGAGUACCUGGUGCGCUCAUUUAAAGAUGGACGCUAUUUUACGGUGCCAAAGAAAGAAGCUACAGAAUUUACGAGAGAAAUUGGUAAUAAAGUGGAUAAUCACACUCUUAAAGCUGCUGUCGAAAAAGCUCUUCAGUAUCUGGACCAGGAUGAGCUGCCUCCACAUUGGGAUCGUGAUCUGCUUUUUGGUCUUGAUGAGAGCAGCGGAAACAGUGACAGUGAUGGAGCUUUGGAUUCAGAUAGUUCUGAUGAUGAGCCGAGAGAAGAAAAAGAUCAUUUUGUAGCACAACUGUACAAAUUUAUGGAUGAUCGAGGAACACCUAUUAAUCGAGGUCCUACAAUCGGCAGCAAGGAUGUGGAUUUAUAUAAACUUUUUAAGGUGGUGCAUAAACGAGGGGGUUAUAAUAGAGUUACUAAUCAUAACCAAUGGAAGACAAUCUCUCAAAAAUUAGGUUUUGGUCAAGGCAACUCUAGUGUUACAAAUAUGGUAAAACAGUCUUACAAAAAAUUUUUACAUAGUUUUGAGGACUUUUACCGAAAACUGGGAUGCACUAUGGUAAAUCAUCCUCGUGGGCAUCGUUCACGUCACAGAACAGGCCGGAGUUUAAUCAGAGAUCGUGAUAGGGCUACACCUACUAAUAUUGCCAAAGAAAAAGAAAAGAAGGAAGAAAAGGCUGUGUCUACAGAAAAACCAUCAACCUCAGAAACUGCUGAGAAGGAAUCUCUAGAAAAGAAAGAAGAAGAAAAAAAAGACGAUGAAAAGAAGGAGGAAGUUAAACCAAGAGAAUCUGCAAAGAAAUCAAAAAUUCGGGAUGAUAAGACUGAUGCACAAAGCAAACAAAAAGGAAAAGAUGCUCUUGACAGCACUCAGGCAGAAGGAGAAGAAAAAGACAGUCGAUCACGAAAUAAAAAAGAAUUUAAACCAACUGAGACCAAAGUUUCCAAAUUAUUUGAAAAUUUAGAAAAGGAGGAAACGGUCCCUAGUUCAGAAGAAUUGCCUGAGAAAGAACCAGGGCAUAGUGAAGAAACAAAGACACGUGAACCAAAGAGCAAAGGAAGGGAAUCAAAACCUAAAGAAAGAGGAAAGGUUAGUGACAAAUCUAAAAACAAAGAUGACAAGGUCAAAGUUUCUGAAGAAGAGAAGAAUGAAGAUGUUAAAAAGAAGGUUGAAAAGAAACCUGCUGUAGAAGAGGAUGAAAAGAAUACCCGAGUAACAAAAGCAAAAGAAGAUCCAAAAAGCAAAAAGGAUAGUCCCCGCGAUACUCGCACACCUGUACGUGACUCGUCAAACAGAACACCUGUGCGACUUCGGAAGGAAGAGGAGAGUGCAGCUACAGCGAUGAUGGCGGCGACGCCUGCGACGGCUCCUAUGGCGGCGGCUGCACCGUCGCCGGUCGGACCGGCGGCUGCGCCGGCAGGGGCAGCAGCAGCGGCAGCUGCUGCGGCAGCGGCAGCAUCAAAUACUGCUGCAAAUCUUAAAAAGAGGGGACGAAAGCGCAAAGAAACAGAUGAAAAGGUCAAAGCAGAAGAAUCACUGGGUCAUCUUGCCAGCAAUGUGGCAGUUUGUGUGGGUGAUAAGCUCAAAGUGUAUUAUGGACCUACACAUGAAUCAAAGGUCACAUAUGAAGCAAAGGUGCUAGAUAUCGAAGAGGAUGGUAGCGAAUGCAUGUAUCUGGUGCAUUACACGGGCUGGAACACUCGGUACGACGAGUGGAUCAAGCGUGGGAGAAUUGCAGACAAUCUGAGCUGGACGCCUUCUAGAGCCAAACGCCAGAGGCAACAGCAGUCUCAGCACAAGACAUUGCGGCCAUCUCAUGGGAAACGUGGAAGGCCUUCAGUCUCAAAUCGAGGACAUGAUGGAAUGCCUAAUCCUCCACGAUCUACCACACCCUCUUCAGUAACAUCGUCUUCUAGUCGUACAAAAUCGCCUGCAACACGCUCUACCCCUCGAACUGGGCGCAGUGCUGGUGAUAAUGCAUCACCAGGCCACGAGUUCAGACGUCGAACACGAAGAAUGUCAGGACACACAGGUGUGUGUUUGUCCAUGUGGCUUUGUACUUGUAUGAGGAAGCAAAACUGAAGAUGAAUU